UCUCUCUCUGUAUCUGUCUCUGUCUCACACACAUUUGUUCAUUCUUCCAGAACCACCAACCAGUCGAUAAAUUCACACUGACAGAUACACAUACACCAAUUUUGGCAGAGACAAGCCCCUAAAUUUGCCACUCAUACAAGAACUAAAUGUAUGAUCACUUUCUACCCUCUCCUCCAAAUUCAUCACAACCCCGCUAAGAUGCCUUCAAAUUUAUCAACAGUGUCUCUCCAACUCACCCCAAUUCCUUGUUUCCCGCCCAAAUUCACCCACCCAUCUUCACAUAAUUGCAGUAGCACGCACCCAUGUAGUAAGAAGAGACCCAGUUACAGUAUCUUCUGUGUAUCGACCCGACCCAAGAGAAAAUCGAUCUCCAAGGCCGAUAAGAGCUCAGAGGCAGAAGAGAUGGUUCGUUUGCUGAUGAGGAAUUUUAGUGACAAAAGGCCAUUGUUGUCAACUUUGAACAAGUAUGUAAAGAUUGUGAGGACUGAGCACUGUUUUCUUCUGUUUGAAGAGCUUGGGAAGACUGAUCAGUGGCUUCAGUGUCUCGAGGUUUUUAGAUGGAUGCAAAAACAACGGUGGUAUAUAGCAGAUAAUGGGGUUUAUUCGAAGUUAAUAUCAGUUAUGGGAAGGAAAGGCCAAACCCGGAUGGCCAUGUGGCUCUUCUCUGAGAUGCGUAACAGUGGAUGCCGAGCUGACACUUCGGUUUACAAUGCACUCAUCACAGCCCACCUUCACUCUCGGGACAAAUCCAAGGCCUUGGCCAAGGCUCUUGGAUACUUUGACAAGAUGAAAGGAAUGGAACGCUGUAAGCCAAAUAUUGUGACAUACAACAUUCUUUUGCGAGCUUUUGCUCAGGCCAGAAAUGUGGGGCAAGUUGAUGCUUUGUUCCAAGAUCUUGAUGAGAGCAUUGUUACCCCUGAUAUCUUCACAUUUAAUGGUGUAAUGGAUGCCUAUGGGAAAAAUGGAAUGAUCAAAGAAAUGGAAUUAGUGCUUUCACAAAUGAAGGGUAAACAGGUGAAGCCAGACAUCAUCACUUUUAAUUUGUUGAUUGAUUCAUAUGGGAGGAAGCAAGCAUUUGAUAAGAUGGAACAAGUGUUUAAAAGCUUGUUGCACUCCAAAGAAAGACCAACACUUCCAACUUUUAAUUCGAUGAUCACAAACUAUGGAAAAGCACGGCUUAGAGAGAGAGCAGAGUUUGUUUUCCAGAAGAUGACUGAUAUGAGAUACACGCCAAACUUCAUCACAUAUGAGUGUCUCAUCAUGAUGUAUGGAUAUUGUGAUUGUGUUUCGAGGGCAAGAGAUACCUUUGAUGAUGUGAUAGAAACUCAGAAGGAGAAAAAGGUUUCAACACUAAAUGCCAUGCUUGACGUUUACUGCAUGAAUGGUUUACCAAUGGAAGCGGACAUGUUAUUUGAGAGUGCAUGUACAACUAAGACUUUUCGUAUAGAUUCCUCAACAUAUAAACUUCUCUAUAAGGCUUACACUAAAGCUGACAUGAAGGAGCUAUUACAGAAAUUGAUGGCGCAGAUGGACAGAGAUGGUAUCAUUCCCAAUAAAAGGUUCUUCCUGGAUGCUUUAGGAGCCUUUGGGUCUUCACUCACUGACCCAAAGGCUGCUAAUGACAAAAAGAAGUUAAGCAGGCCAGCUGUUACUGGAAAGCAAUAGGUGGAGGUAUUUGGCUGUUUUGUUGGUGUGCUCCUGAACAUCUAGACUAAGCUAUGAUCCAAGCAGAACUUUUUAUGUCAAGGAGACGGUGAGUGGGUUCAGCAACGGAUUACUUUAUGGCUUCAAUCUCGUUGCCUUUAUUAUGUGGUAUGCUUCUUGUUCUUUAUAAGUUCCUUUUUUAAUAUCCUUUUUGCAUUUAUCCAUUCUGAUCUAUGUCAUUUAGCCACUCUGAUCUUACAAAAAUUCCUUGCUUUGUUUCCCUUUUCUAACUUGCAAGUCUUUGCUAGAUUUGUUCGAACAUUUGAGACCUUGAAUCCUUUGAGUUUCUUGACAAGGGGUGUUCAUUUCUCUUUUCCUUUAUUUUAGUCGUUUCGAUAUAACUUAUAAGUUCCAACAUAGAAUCUUCUGCGUUGAACUCACUCAUACUUGCUGAGGAAUUAAGCAUAAUAGAGUUAUGAAAGUGGCAGUUUCAAGGUAUUCAGAAUUUCAAGUAGAAAAAAUGUGACGAAGUAUAAAUCUGGGGGUGGCAAUGCAGCAAGGACUUCACAAUUGCUUUGAAAAACUUCAUGAAUGAGUUUGGGAGCUGAAAAAUGUGCUGCAUUAUGGAUGAUCUCUUAUACAUAGGAGACGAUUUUACUUCCAAAUCAUGAAUCAAACACCAAUUGACUGAACUAUCCUCACUGCUAGCUGAUAGCAACCACUCAGAGUGGUCUGAACCCCUGAUUUCGGUGCAUGUUGUAACGGCAUACUAAGCUACUAGGCGAACAGCAUGUCUAGAACAAGGUUUCCUACAACAACUUUCUGAACUAGAAUAUUAACUUGCUCAAGUCAUUUUACAUUUUAUUGCUUGAGAACUCCAUGUAUUACUGUCAAGCGGCAGCUUCAGC